AUGUUAAAGAGCUGUAGGCGAGCACCCACUGUCUGGACUCUGUGCCAGUCAACUGAUUGGUGGGACCACUGUGUUCCACAAUUUACAGACACCCAAUGGAUCGAUAACUUCCGCAUGUCGGCAGAGACUUUCCGGUUCCUCUGCAACAGGCUGAGUCCUGUUAUGAAGAGACAGGAUACAGUGUUCCACCUUUUUGUCCCUUUCCGAAAGCAAAUUGCCAUUGCCCUGUGGAAGGUGGCCACAAUUUCAGAAUACUGCAGUGUAGCACACCUUUUUGGAGUUGGUAUUACAACUGUAUGGCAUUGCGCAAACAAUUUUUGCAUAGCUUUCAUCCAAGUUCUGUUGCCUGAACUCCUCCUACUCCCAACUGCUGAGAAGCUGGCAGCAGGGGCGCAACUUUCACUGGUGACGGGGGGGACAUGAACCCCCCACAUUCUGAAAUUGCAUUUUUGUCCGCCCCAGUUAUAUCAUUGCACUGUGAUACAAAACUCGGCACCGGUGUGCUUUAGGACCAUGCGGAUGCCUCAGAGCGGUCGGGUAGGCUGUUUUCAGGUUUCAGCCGGCUGGAUUUAGGACCGCACGGACACCACAGAGCAUGCCGACAGGCUGUGUGAAGGUAAAGUUCCUGAAAGGCUGGCACAUAGGACAAGCACGGGAGAGAUGAACAGAGGCAGCUACUGUCUGUGUGUGUUUAGCUUUUUCUCUGAGUUGUAAAAGCAAGCAAGCAGAGCAGAAACUGGCUACUCUUUAGUUGACUGAUCUAGCUGGCAAGGUAACUGCUCUUUGACAGAAAAAGAAAAAUAAAUAUUCCCAGUGCUGAGAUAGUAGUGUAACUGACAUGUUAUGUUAGCUUAUGUUUCAUCCUCUCUUGACUGAAGUGAAUGAACUUAUAGCAGCUAGCUAGUUAGUUCAGCCAGUUCAGCUCUAGCUAGCCUCCAGCUAUCAGUCAGGUAGCAGUAUCUAAAAGCUGUUUUGUGUAUGGAAAUGUUUUGUAGCCUUUGCAGUACAUUAUAACAAUCAGUGAAUGGAUACAAAGUUCCAUCUUGAGUUGAUGGGUAGGCUACAGUCUGGGAUCUAGGAAUAAUGGUAAUUUCAAUGAUUGAACAAUUGAUUCUAUUCUUGGAUAAUAUAAUGUAUAAAUGUACACUAAGGUAAUUAUUGGUAAUGCCUCAUCUGAGCAGGAUCAGAUGGUGAUCGGGGUCUCAUCAGGGUCAGGCAGCCAGGGAAGACCAGUCUGUGACAGCGCAGAGGUGAACUUUUACAGAUACAACACUUUAUUUUUCCUCUUCUCUGUGCAGCAAACACUGGACAAGCAAGAAGCUUCAAAGAUUGAAACUAUUUUAAGGCAGUCUGACAAACCUCUAAAGUUGAUUUCCAAACUGUAUCAAGGGUGACACAAAACAUGUUAAAAAAAACAAUGUGAGCAGUGGUGUAAAGUACUUAAGUAAAAAUAUUUAAAGUACCACUGAAAGCUAUUUAGUGUAUCUGUACUUUACUUUACCAUUUAUAUUUUUGACAACUUUUACUUUUCCUACACUACAUUCCUAAAUAAAAUAAUGUACUUUUUACUCCAUACAUUUUCCCUGACACCGAAAAGUACUCAUUACAUUUUGAAUGCUUAGCUGGACACGAAAAUUGUCAAUUUCAAAUCAAAUCAAAUAAAGUUAUUUGUCACAUGCACCCAAUACAACAGGUGUAGACCUUACAGUGAAAUGCUUACUUACAGGAAUACCAACAAAAAAUCACACAGAAAAAUACUAUAUAACAUAAUAAGAAAUAAAAGUAACAAAUAAUUAAAGAGCAGCAAUAAAAAUAACAAUAGCGAGGCUAUAUGCAGGGUGUACCAGUACCGAGUCAAUGUGCGGGGGCACCGGUUAGUCGAGGUAGUUGAGGUAACAUGUACAUGUAGGUAGAGUUAUUAAAGUGACUAUGCAUAGAUAAUUAACAGAGAGUAGCAGCAGCGUAAAAGAGGUAGAAGCUGUUUAGAAGCCUCUUGGACUUACUUGGCGCUCCGGUACCGCUUGCCAUGAUGUAGUAGAGAGAACAGUCUAUGACUAGGGUGGCUGGAGUCUUUGACAAUUUUUAGGGCCUUCCUCUGACACCGCCUGGUAUAGAGGUCCUGGAUGGCAGGAAGCUUGGCCCCAGUGAUGUACUGGGCCAUACACACAACCCUCUGUAGUGCCUUGCGGUCGGAGGUCGAGCAGUUGCCAUACCAGGCAGUGAUGCAACCAGUCAGGAUGCUCUUGAUGGUGCAGCUGUAGAACCUUUAGAGGAUCUGAGGACCAAUGCCAAAUCUUUUCAGUCUCCUUAGGAGGAAUAGGUUUUGUCGUGCCCUCUUCACGACUGUCUUGGUGUGCUUGGACCAUGUUAGUUUGUUGGUGAUGUGGACACUAAGGAACUUGAAGCUCUCAACCUGCUCCACUACAGCCUUGUCGAUGAGAAUGGGGGCGUGCUCGGUCCUCUUCUUUUUCCUGUAGUCCACAAUCAUCUCCUUUGUCUUGAACACGUUGAGGGAGAGGUUGUUGUCCUGGAACCACACGGCCAGGUCUCUGACUUCCUUCCUAUAGGCUGUCUCAUCGUUGUCGGUGAUCAGGCCUACCACUGUUGUGUCAUCGGCAAACUUAAUGAUGGUGUUGGAGUCAUGCCUGGCCAUGCAGUCAUGAGUGAACAGGGAGUACAGGAGGGGACUGAGCUUGGUUUGUAAAUUGUGUCUGAGUGUGCCACUGGCACUGACUAGAAAAUGAUUCAUAUUUUUACUUUUGAUACUUAAGUAUAUUUUACCAUUUACAUUUACGUUUGAUACUUAAGUAUAUUUGAAAACCAAAUACUUUUAGACUUUUACUCAAGUAGUAUAUCACUGGGUCACAUUAACUUUUACUUGAGCAAUUUUCUAUUAAGGUAUCUUUACUUUUACUCAAGUAUGACAAUUGGCUACUUUUUCCACCACUGACUGUGAGGAAAGCCUGGGAGACACGAUUGAUGGUGGUGAAUGGAUAGAGAUACAGUGGCUUGUGAAAGUAUUCACCCCCCUUGGCAUUUUUCCUAUUUUUUGCCUUACAACCAGGAAUUAAAAUGGAUUUUUGGGGGGGUUGUAUAAUUUGAUUUACACAACAUGCCUACCACUUUGAAGAUGCAAAAUAUGUUUUAUUGUGAAACAAACAAGAAAUAAGACAAAACAUUAAAAAAAACUUGAGCAUGCAUAACUAUUCACCCCCCCAAAGUCAAUACUUUGCAGAGCCACCUUUUGCAGCAAUUAGAGCUGCAAGUCACUUGGGGUAUGUCUCUAUAAGCUUGGCACAUCUAGCCACUUGGAUUCUUGCCCAUUCUUCAAGGCAAAACUGCUCCAGCUCCUUCAAGUUGGAUGGGUUCCGCUGGUGUACAGCAAUCUUUAAGUCAUACAACAGAUUCUCAAUUGGAUUGAGGUCUGGGCUUUGACUAGGCCAUUCCAAUACAUUUAAAUGUUUCCCCUUAAACAACUCGAGUGUUGCUUUAUCGGUAUGCUUAGCGUCAUUGUCCUGCUGGAAGGUGAACCUCCGACCCAGUCUCAAAUCUCUGGAAGACUGAAACAGGUUUCCCUCAAGAAUUUCCCUGUAUUUAGCGCCAUCCAUCAUUCCUUCAAUUCUGACCAGUUUCCCAGUCCCUGCCGAUGAAAAACAUCCCCACAGCAUGAUGCUGACACCAUGCUUCACUGUGGGGGUGGUGUUCUCGGGGUGAUGAGAGGUGUUGGGUUUGCGCCAGACAUAGUUUUAUACUUGAUGGCCAAAAAGCUCAAUUUUAGUCUCAUCUGACCAGAGUACCUUCUUCCAUAUGUUUGGGGAGUCUUCCACAUGCCUUUUGGCGAACACCAAAAGUGUUAGCUUAUUUUUUUUUUAAGCAGUGGCUUUUUUCUGGCCACUCCUCCGUAAAGCCCAGCUCUGUGGAGUGUACGGCUUAAAGUGGUCCUAUGGACAGAUACUCCAAUCUCCGCUGUGGAGCUUUGCAGCUCCUGCAGGGUUAUCUUUGGUCUCUUUGUUGCCUCUGAUUAAUGCCCUCCUUGCCUGGUCCGUGAGUUUUGGUGGGUGGCCCUCUCUUGACAGGUUUGUUGUGGUGCCAUAUUCUUUCCAUUUUUUAAUAAUGGAUUUAAUGGUGAACCGAGGGAUGUUCAAAGUUCCAGAUAUUUCUUUAUAACCCAACCCUGAUCUGUACUUCUCCACAAAUUUGUUCCUGACCUGUUUGGAGAGCUCCUUGGUCUUCAUGGUGCCGCUUGCUUGGUGGUGCCCAUUGCUUAGUGGUGUUGCAGACUCUGGGGCCUUUCAGAACAGGUGUAUAUAUACUGAGAUCAUGUGACAGAUCAUGUGACACUUAGAUUGCACACAGGUGGACUUUAUUUCACUAAUUAUGUGACUUCUGAAGGUAAUUGGUUGCACCAGAUCUUAUUUAGGGGCUUCAUAGCAAAGGGGGUGAAUAAAUGUGCACGCACCACUUUUCCGUUAUUUAUUUUUUAGAAUUCUCCAAUUUGAACUAUUUUGUGUAUUUCCAUUACAUUAAAUCCAUUACAGGUUGUAAUGCAACAAAAUAGGAAAAACGCCAAGGGGGAUGAAUAUUUUUGCAAGGCACUGUAUGUUAGAAUGCCCAGUCAUGUUCAUAUAAUCUCAGUCAUAAAUUACUGCAGUUUUAGACCAUCCCAUAGAACAUACUAUAUGCCAGCAAAAACUGAAUAUCAUGCAGUCAGAAAUGUAAUUAUUUUGCUGGGGGUGUAAAACACAAAAGGAGACAUAUUUGCAUAUGUUAUGGUCUUGUGAAGGAUGGCUGAAUUCUGGCAAAUAGUAUGUUAUUUUAUCUCAGCAUGUCUACAGAUUCUCCUUUCUCCCUGUUUUUGUUUGCUUGGAAAUGUUGAUACUGGAGACAUGUUGUCAGAAGAAACUGUGUAACUUUGCAUUUAUAGCGGCUAAGAAUUGCAUUGUCAUUAAUUGGAAGGUUGGUUAUCCUCCCACAAUUGAUGGAAGAAAUGUCAAGUUAUGUAUCACUAUUUUGUAUUUAUUACAAGAUUAAGGGUAUGCUGUGCAACUUUCAUAAGGUCUGGAUGCCUUAUAUGGAAUACUGUAUGACAAAAGGAGUCUGUAUUGAAAACAAGCCCACGUCAGGCGAGAUACAGUGGGGAGAACAAGUAUUUGAUACACUGCCGAUUUUGCAGGUUUUCCUACUUACAAAGCAUGUAGAGGUCUGUAAUUUUUAUCAUAGGUACACUUAAACUGUGAGAGACAAAUCUAAAACAAAAAUCCAGAGAAUCACAUUGUAUGAUUUUUAAGUAAUUAAUUUGCAUUUUAUUGCAUGAAAUAAGUCAUCAGAAAAGCAGAACUUAAUAUUUGAUACAGAAACCUUUGUUUGCAAUUACAGAGAUCAUACGUUUCCUGUAGGUCUUGACCAGGUUUGCAUACACUGCAGCAGGGAUUUUGGCCCACUCCUCCAUACAGACCUUCUCCAGAUCCUUCAGGUUUCGGGGCUGUCGCUGGGCAAUACGGACUUUCAGCUCCCUCCAAAGAUUUUCUAUUGGGUUCAGGUCUGGAGACUGGCUAGGCCACUCCAGGACCUUGAGAUGCGUCUUACGGAGCCACUCCUUAGUUGCCCUGGCUGUGUGUUUUGGGUCGUUGUCAUGCUGGAAGACCCAGCCACGACCCAUCUUCAAUUAUCUUACUGAGGGAAGGAGGUUGUUGGCCAAGAUCUCGCGAUAGAUGGCCCCAUCCAUCCUCCCCUCAAUACGGUGCAGUCGUCCUGUCCCCUUUGCAGAAAAGCAUCCCCACGAAUGAUGUUUCCACCUCCAUGCUUCAUGGUUGGGAUGGUGUUCUUGGGGUUGUACUCAUCCUUCUUCUUCCUCCAAACACGGCGAGUGGAGUUUAGACCAAAAUAGCUCUAUUUUUGUCUCAUCAGACAUUCUCCCAUUCCUCCUCUGGAUCAUCCAGAUGGUCAUUGGAAAACUUCAGAUGGGCCUGGACAUGCGCUGGCUUGAGCAGGGGGACCUUGCGUGCGCUGCAGGAUUUUAAUCCAUGAUGGCGUAGUGUGUUACUAAUGGUUUUCUUUGAGACUGUGGUCCCAGCUCUCUUCAGGUCAUUGACCAGGUCCUGCCGUGUAGUUCUGGGCUGAUCCCUCACCUUCCUCAUGAUCAUUGAUGCCCCACGAGGUGAGAUCUUGCAUGGAGCCCCAGACCGAGGGUGAUUGACCGUCAUCUUGAACUUCUUCCAUUUUCUAAUAAUUGCGCCAACAGUUGUUGCCUUCUCACCAAGUUGCUUGCCUAUUGUCCUGUAGCCCAUCCCAGCCUUGUGCAGAUCUACAGUUUUAUCCCUGAUGUCCUUACACAGCUCUCUGGUCUUGGCCAUUGUGGAGAGGUUGGAGUCUGUUUGAUUGAGUAUGUGGACAGGUGUCUUUUUAUACAGGUAACGAGUUCAAACAGGUGCAGUUAAUACAGGUAAUGAGUGGAAAACAGGAGGGCUUCUUAAAGAAAAACGAACAGGUCUGUGAGAGCCGGAAUUCUUACUGGUUGGUAGGUGAUCAAAUACUUAUGUCAUGCAAUAAAAUGCAAAUUAAUUACUUAAAAAUCAUACAAUGUGAUUUUCUGGAUUUUUGUUUUAGAUUCCGUCUCUCACAGUUGAAGUGUACCUAUGAUAAAAAUUACAGACCUCUACAUGCUUUGUAAGUUGGAAAACCUGCAAAAUCGGCAGUGUAUCAAAUACUUGUUCUCCCCACUGUACCUAUUUAGGCAAUCUGUAGCUGCUGGGCAGCUCAUUCCUGGCCCUGGGGGUCUGCCGUACUGUUGGUUGUCACUCUGGCCUUGGCCUAACACACCUAAAGCUGAGUGGGGUGUGUUGGGUUGGGGCGCUGCAGGGCUGUGGACACCUAGGGGCAGGACGGGGUGACCAAGCUAUAUUGUGUGCAAGUAAAAAGAGCUCUAUAGUACUAUUAGGCGUAUGAUAGGAAUUACAUGGUGGAUGUACUGUUUCUGUGUGUUAAUCUGUAGGUACAGUGCCUUGCAAAAGUAUUCAUCCCCCUUGGCAUUUUUCCUAUUUUGUUGCAUCACAACCUGUAAUUUAAAUGGAUUUUUAUUUGGAUUUCAUGUAAUGGACAUACACAAAAUUGUCCAAAUUGGUGAAGUGAAAUUUAAAAAACUACUUGUUUCAAAAAAUUCUAAACAAUAAAUAACGGAAAAGUAGUCUGUGCAUACGUAAGUCACAUAAUUAGUUAAAUAAAGUCCACCUGUGUGCAAUCUAAGUGUCACAUGAUCUGUCACAUGAUCUCAGUAUAUGUACACCUGUUCUGAAAGGCCCCAGAGUCUGCAACACCACUAAGCAAGGGGCACCACCAAGCAAGCGGCACCAUGAAGACCAAGGAGCUCUCCAAACAGGUCAGGGACAAAUAUAUCUGAAACUUUGAACAUCCCACAGAGCACCAUUAAAUCCAUUAUUAAAAAAUUGAAAGAAUAUGGCACCACAACAAACCUGCCAAGAGCGGGCCGCCCACCAAAACACACGGACCAGGCAAGGAGGGCAUUAAUCAGAGAGGCAACAAAGAGACCAAAGAUAACCCUGAAGGAGCUGCAAAGCUCCACAGCGGAGAUUGGAGUAUCUGUCCAUAGGACCAUUUUAAGCCGUACACUCCACAGAGCUGGGCUUUACGGAAGAGUGGCCAGAAAAAAAGCCAUUGCUUGAAGAAAAAAAUAAGCAAACACGUUUGGUGUUUGCCAAAAGGCAUGUGGGAGACUCCCCAAACAUAUGGAAGAAGGUACUCUGGUCAGAUGAGACUAAAAUUGAGCUUUUUGGCCAUCAGGUAAAACACUAUGUCUAGCGCAAACCCAACACCUCUCAUCAUCCCCGAGAACACCUCCCCCACAGUGAAGUAUGGUGUCAGCAUCAUGCUGUGGGGAUGUUUUUCAUCGGCAGGGACUGGGAAACUGGUCAGAAUUGAAGGAAAAAAAUUGAAGGAAGAAAAAAAAAAAAAAAAAAAGGAAUGAUGGAUGGCGCUAAAUACAGGGAAAUUCUUGAGGGAAACCUGUUUCAGUCUUCCAGAGAUUUGAGACUGGGUCGGAGGUUCACCUUCCAGAAGGACAAUGACCCUAAGCAUACUGCUAAAGCAACACUCGAGUGGUUUAAGGGGAAACAUUUUAAUGUAUUGGAAUGGCCUAGUCAAAGCCCAGACCUCAAUCCAAUUGAUAAUCUGUGGUAUGACUUAAAGAUUGUUGUACACCAGCGGAACCCAUCCAACUUGAAUGAGCUGGAGCCAUUUUGCCUUGAAGAAUGGGCAAAAAUCCUAUUGGCUAGAUGUGCCAAGGUUAUAGAGACAUACCUCAAGAGACUUGCAGCUGUAAUUGCUGCAAAAGGUGGCUCUACAAAGUAUUAUUUUAAAUAGUUAUGCACGCUCAGGUUUUCAGUUUUUUGUCUUAUUUCGUGUUUGUUUCCCAAGAAAAACUAUUUUGCAUCUUCAAAGUUUUAGGCAUGUUGUGUAAUUCAAAUGAUACAAAACCCCCCAAAAUCAAUUUUAAUUCCAGGUUGGAAGGCAACAAAAUAGCAAAAAUUCCAAGGGGGGUUGAAUACUUUUGCAAGUGUUUUUAAUGAUCUCUUACCUAGCUUGAUGACUUUGGGAAUUUUUGAUUACUUUUUGUUGUUCUAAAUAGAGACGGCUAGAAGGGCCAUAGGUCAUAUUAGAUUGUGUAGAAUUGCAGGAAAUGAGCUUUAGAUGCCCCAAAAAUGGGAGGACCCCCACACCCCCCGUCAAGUUAUGUCUCCCCCACUUCUAAAACCAAAGAUGCACCUCUGGCUGGCAGAGAUGGCAGCCUACUUUGAACAAAGGUGGAAGGUACCCCAGUGUGUUGGGGCCAUCGACGGUAGCCACAGGAGUACCAUUGUGAUAAUUUUAUUUGCAAGGGCUGGCACUCCAUCAUCCUCCAGGUGGCUGUUGAUGGUAGGGGGUUGUUCCGUUGGAAACCAGGGAGUGUCCAUGACGCCCGUGUGCACCAUCAGCCCAAGCUAUGGGACCUCUUGGACAGUGGCACCCUCUUCCCUCAACACACCAGGACCCUUGGUGGUGAGGAUGUGGGGUAUUUUAUUAUUGGGGAUGCUGCCUACACCUCUCAGCCAUGGCUGGUGAAGCCUUUUGCAGAUACUGGCAGACUGAAUGACAAGAUAAUCUCAAUGACAAAAUCUGCAGGGCUAGGGUAGUGAUCGGAAAUUCAUUUGGCAGACUGAAGGGAAGGUGGUGUUGCCUAUUGAAACUCAAUGACUGCAAUGUGGAUUUUGUCAAACAGAUGACUCUUGCAUGUUGUACACUGCACAAUCUGCAUGAGCAACACAAUGAAGUGUUCAGAAGGGAGUGGAAUGCUGCCCCAGGGAAUGAAGCAUUUCAGCAGCCUGCCGUGCCACUUCCGGAGAGGAUGGGGACUAAUGCAAACACA